UCUUUCCUUGAAAUACCAACUCCCCUUGUUACUUUUUUAGUCAUUCACGCUCCCGGUCAUUAUGGUCUGCCUGAUACGGCGGUCGAGGACAUCCAUCUCGUACUUGAGUACAAAUCAGGCGAUCGGUUUCGGAAUUUCACGUCACCCAGAUCUAAUCGCUACAUCCUUAUUCAUGACGUAGAGAACCCUCGGCUCAGUGGCCUUUGGCCCGGCCUCAUGGAAGCCUACCACAGACCGGACCCUUCCGUGCGCUGGUCUGUUGACGCAGCCGCAGCUUCAGGUAAUGGCCUGAUUCAGCCGCCAGACUUGGUUGUGAUCGGUGGCCUCCAAACUAUGGACCACUGGGCCGGCAUCAAUGGACACGGUGAGUUGAUUCGUUGUAGCAGAUUUUGUCAUCUUUACCUUUUUAUGGACACACUGUGUUAUGCUUCUGCAUUCGGUCUAUUCCUGACUUGGUUGGUGGCAGGCUCAAACAUUUACAGAAGUUAUUGCUAUAAAGACAAGGAUGAGGUAGACCUUUGGCUGGAUGCUGCCACGACAUGGAAAGGUUUUUCAGUUUAA